ACACAUCGUUGGACUAGUAUUGGGAAACAACCUCGACCGACCUUCCUUUCAUUCCCGUAAUCCGUCUGCGUCGGGUGUGCUCCGUAGCUAGCCACGGCACACAUUUUAUUAUGAAACAAACCAAAAGCUAGAGCGCACACGCGGACAUAUUUUUAUAAGAAAAAAAAAUCGGUGAAGCAGGAUUUCAUUUGCCAACUAAAGCAACGCGAAGAGGGAGAAGAAGAACCAUAGACGUAGUGAGACGGACGCUAAAGCUAUAGAACCGCCAUUACUGAAAGCGUGGGUGGCAAUUCAAACGCUUUUUCGAGCAACGCUUUCAGCUCUACUUGUUCAUUGUAACAAAUUGCUUCGAAAGGUUACGAACCAUUCGGUUGUACGCGUUAACGACGCCGAAGGAAAUUAGUUCCACGAGUCUUUACCGGCUAGGCCGCGCUCCGAUAGUCAGCUCCGCUAACCAGGCCGGCUAGCCCACGUUGCGCCGUAGGGAGGAAACGUUAAAGGAACAGCAAGUCGGGGCGCUCGGUCGUUUACGACAGGACAAAGAAGAUAACAGCUUCACUUUGAAGACUGGCGUUUUUCGACUUACUUUAGAGCGUCUGUAACCAUUAAGUGUGCUUGUGUCUGAGUACGCGUCGUCAUCAUGAACCCCAGCGCGCCUAGCUAUCCCAUGGCCUCCCUCUAUGUGGGGGAUCUGCAUCCGGACGUGACCGAGGCCAUGCUCUACGAGAAAUUCAGCCCGGCUGGGCCUAUCUUGUCGAUCAGGGUCUGCAGAGACAUGAUCACCCGUCGUUCACUGGGUUACGCCUAUGUGAACUUCCAGCAGCCCGCUGAUGCUGAGCGAGCCCUGGACACCAUGAAUUUUGACGUGAUCAAAGGCAGGCCACUUCGCAUCAUGUGGUCUCAGCGGGACCCUUCAUUGAGGAAGAGCGGAGUGGGCAACAUUUUCAUCAAGAACCUAGACAAGUCCAUUGAUAAUAAGGCCCUCUAUGAUACGUUUUCAGCAUUCGGAAAUAUCCUGUCCUGCAAGGUGGUUUGUGAUGAAAAUGGCUCAAAGGGUUACGGCUUUGUGCACUUUGAGACCCACGAGGCUGCCGAGCGGGCCAUUGAGAAAAUGAAUGGCAUGUUGCUCAAUGACAGAAAAGUAUUUGUUGGACGAUUCAAGUCGCGUAAAGAGAGGGAAGCUGAACUUGGUGCCCGUGCAAGAGAAUUCACCAAUGUUUAUAUUAAGAACUUUGGAGAGGAUAUGGAUGAUGAAAAGCUCAAAGAAUUAUUUGGAAAAUACGGACCAGCACUCAGUAUCCGUGUUAUGACUGAUGAGAGUGGUAAAUCAAAAGGAUUUGGCUUUGUCAGCUUUGAGCGACAUGAAGAUGCACAGAAGGCUGUGGAUGAUAUGAAUGGUAAAGAACUGAAUGGCAGACAAGUUUAUGUGGGCCGUGCACAGAAAAAGGGAGAACGCCAAAAUGAGCUAAAGCGCAAAUUUGAGCAAAUGAAACAAGAUCGCAUGACCAGAUACCAGGGUGUCAACUUGUAUGUGAAGAACUUGGACGAUGGUCUUGAUGAUGAGCGGCUACGCAAGGAAUUCUCUCCAUUUGGAACAAUAACAAGUGCUAAGGUUAUGAUGGAGGGUGGCCGCAGCAAAGGGUUCGGUUUCGUGUGCUUUUCUUCUCCAGAAGAGGCCACCAAAGCCGUCACAGAAAUGAACGGGCGAAUCGUUGCAACUAAACCGUUAUAUGUGGCCCUGGCUCAACGCAAAGAAGAGCGUCAGGCCCAUCUAACCAACCAGUACAUGCAGAGGAUGGCCACUGUCCGGGCUGUACCCAACCCUGUUCUCAACCCUUACCAAGCAGCUCCACCUUCUGGCUACUUUAUGGCAGCUAUACCUCAGGCCCAAAACCGUGCUGCAUAUUACUCUGCCAACCAACUGGCUCAGCUGCGGCCCAGCCCUCGAUGGGCCACACAGGCAGUUCGCCCGCAGCACUUUCAGAACAUGCCCAGCGCCAUGCGGCCUUCAGCUCCCAGGCCUCAGACAUUUGGCGCCAUCCGUCCCACCGCCACCACCAACACCCAGGUCCCACGCAUGAUGGCCUCUCAACGCAUGCCCACCCAGGCCCUCAGCCAACGCCCUGCCAGCGCUUCGGCCACCGCUGCUCCUGUGCGAGCGAUGCCCCACUACAAAUACGCCGCCGGUGUCCGCAACCCUCAGCAGCACAUGGCCUCCCAGCCACAAGUCACCAUGCAGCAGCCUGCUGUCCACGUCCAAGGACAGGAGCCUCUGACUGCCUCCAUGCUGGCUGCCGCUCCUCCCCAGGAACAGAAGCAGAUGCUGGGUGAGCGACUGUUCCCCUUGAUUCAAAACAUGCACCCCAGCCUGGCAGGCAAGAUCACUGGCAUGCUGCUGGAGAUCGACAAUUCUGAGCUCCUACACAUGCUUGAAUCACCUGAAUCCCUCCGCUCAAAGGUGGAUGAGGCUGUUGCUGUGCUCCAGGCCCACCAGGCCAAAGAGGCUGCUCAGAAAUCCACCACUCCUGCUGGUGUUCCCAGUGUAUAAGAUUGAGCCGUUUGAAACCUGCUUCACCGAUGGAAAAAGAGAAAAAAAAUUAAACAUUGAAAAACCUAAAACACUGAAAACAUUGCAAAAUGAUAAAUUUUUUCUUAAAAAAAAAAAAAAGAAAACCAUUUACUCUGCCAGGUCUAGGGAUGGUUUGACUAGACCUUGUUCAUAUACUAAAAAAAGUUGAAGAAAAAAAAAUAGCAAAAUGGUAAAAAGUUAAAUUUGAAUGCAUUCCUCUGUUUUAUGUCAUUUUAUUGUCAAUGCUCAGAAUAUCAGCCAUGGUAAGGGGUGGAGAUACUGGAGCAUUCUUGAAAGUUUAUAGUUACUGCCGAAUAAAUUCUCAUUCAAAUUGUGUGAA